AUGACCACCUACCAAUCGAUUGAAGAAGGAUUACCUCGUUAUCACGCAAGUGGCUCUGAUGAUGACGAUAAAAUUGGUUUAUUAAGUCGUAUAAAGCGUCCUUCAAAAUUAUGGAAAAAUCUUUUAAAAAUUGUCGUUGGUGCGGCUUGUGUCACUGCUAUUUUAUGGUUUUCUUUAAAUUGGAUUUUGAUAAUUGAUGAAGUGGAAAGAGAUUUUGAUUGGGCUGAUCCAAAUUUAAUUAUUGCGCAAACUGGCGCUGUCGCUUCUGAAGUCGUUAAUUGCUCUCGAUUUGGUGUUGAAGUUUUAAAGGAAGGUGGAAAUGCCGUCGAUGCUGCUAUUACAACUCACAUAUGUGUUGGUACAGUUAAUGUAUUUGCUGCUGGAAUUGGAGGAGGUGGAUUCAUGUUGGUUAGGUUACCAAACGGUUUCGCCGAGGUUAUAGAUUUUCGUGAAGUCGCUCCUCGUGCUGUUUAUGAAGAUAUGUUUAAGCAGGAACCUCUAAAGGCAAAAGUUGGUCCCCUUUCUAUUGCUGUACCUGGUGAACUCCGUGGAUUGAAACUUGCUCAUGAGCGACACGGUAAACUUCCUUGGAAACGUCUUCUUGAACCUUCAAUUAGAAUUGCUCGAGAAGGAUUUCCUAUUCCAACUGAAUUAUAUGUUACUAUGAAGAUGUACACAUACAAAAUCGAACACAACAAAGAAUUAUGUGAAAUAUUUUGUGAUGAGGAAGGCAAAUUAAAGAAACUAGGAGAUAUGAUAUCAACUGUCGAUACUAUCCAAGGUAGAGGUGGUAUAAUAACUAUGGAAGAUUUGGCUGCCUACAGACCUACUGUUCGUGAACCUCUUAUAGGAUAUUUCCAAGGAAAAAAGGUCAUAACAUCUCCUGAACCUGGUAGUGGAACAAUAUUAUUAUUUUUGUUAAAUGUUUUGGAAGAAUACAAAUUCCACGAAAACGGCCGUACAGUAUUAAAUAUGCAAAGAAUGGCUGAAGCAUUCAAAUAUGCCAUUGCUAGGCGUACUGAAUUAGGAGACCCUGCAUUUUUUAAAAAUACCACAGCUCAUAAAGAACGUAUAAAAGAAAUUAUUUCCAAAGAAUAUGCUGAAAGAAUUCGUGCUAAUCUUUCUGAAUCUCGUACAUGGAUACCAAGUCAUUAUGAUCCAGAGUAUGCUACACUUGAAGAUCAUGGUACAACUCAUAUUUCUGUUGUAGAUGCUGAUGAGAUGGCUGUUAGUAUGACUGCCACACUUAAUCAUUUUUGGGGUUCUCAAGUUAUGGAUUCAAAUACUGGAAUCUUAUUUAAUGAUCAAAUGGAUGAUUUCUCAAUUCCUAUACCACCAUCAAUUGAAAGAUUUUGGCCUGCUCCUCAUAAUUUUCCUGCUCCAGGUAAAAAACCAAUGUCAUCAACAUGUCCUACAAUAAUUGAAAGACCUGAUGGAAGGUUUGAAAUGGCGGUUGGUGCUAGUGGUGGUACCAGAAUUAUGUCGGCUGUUACGCAGACAUUAUUAAAUAUUUAUGAGUUUGAUAUGAACGUUUUGGAAGCUAUUGACUAUCCAAGAUUAUACCAUCCAUUAUUGCCAAAUGAGUUAUUCGUCGAAUCAGGAUUUCCAUAUGAGAUAUUAGAAAAACUUAUUAAAAUUGGACAUGUUGUUAAAAUACACAGCAUCUAUAAUAGAGGUUAUGGAUGUCAAGUUCAGUGUGUGAGAAAGUUCACUAAUGGAACUAUUCAUGCUGCAAGUGAUUUCAGAAAGAAUGGAAUUGCCGCUGGAUAUUAA